CCUAUAAAACCUCUUUCCACCCAUCACCACCAACUAUAUAUGAUACAUCUAGCCUCCAAAUGGGUCUAGAAGGGACAAGUUUUGGCCAAGUGGAGAUGAUAGCAUAUGGAGACCAUUGGGGCCCUGGAAGUGUUAUGAGUGGUGUGGGCCCAGGAGGGAUAUUUUAUGAGAAAGGGUGGAUGGACAUGACGAAGAUUAAGGGUAAUGAGCAAAUGGUGGAAGAUGUGGACCAUCAAAAUCUUGAAAACAUCAUGAGUAAGGCAUGGCAAACAAAAAUGUGCUAUAAUACAGGAGGAAGGAUGGUGAUCACAGAGAUUGGAGCACAACAAAAUAAGAUGGAUAAUGAAGGCCAUCUUGGAAGGGCCAUGAGAGAGGUAUCCCUAGAAGAGAUGUGCUUCAGUGGGGUAGGGAGCAUAGGGACCAAAAGAGUCGAGGAACAACAAUUGGGUAUGGGAUCAUCAGUGACCCCGAUAUCAAUAGAUAGUCUAAUUAUCGAGCCUAAAACAUAUAAUGAUAAGGAAAUGGUAUGGGAUAGGAGUGGCAAGCGAAAGCGCAAGGUGUACAAAACAAAAGAGAAGGAGAUGGAGAAAAAGAUGAAAGACAAAAUCAAGAAUCGGGAGUCUGCUUCACGCUCUCGCGCUAGAAAAGAGGCUUACAGGAUGGAUUUGGAAUGGAGGGUUAAUCAACUUAACAAUGAGAAUACUCGAUUAAAAAGGGAUCUCGAGGAGCUAAGAACAGAGACGCUCCAAAAGCCUAUGGACAAGCAGGAAAAUACCAAUGAUGGAAAGACUGAUCAUGCAUGUCGUCGUUGUAACAGCUGCCCGUUCUAAGAUGUUGCCACUAUCAAAUAGCUGCCAUCCUGCUAUUCUUACCGGUCUUCUUGUAUGGAGUGUAGGCAGCUCAUAAGAGUAACAAUUGCAAGGUGUUUUACUUAUCGAACUUCGGUAGUUUUAAGCUUGAGUAGAAAAAAAAUAAGGAGUACAAAUCAUAAACCUAUCAGCACUUUAUCCCUAAUUGUUGGUUAAUUGUUCUUGAAUAAGUGUAUGUUUUAGUUUAUUUUUGUAAAAAGUCAGUGACAUCUCUUUAUUAAAUCUUAUGACUUUUCAAAGAUCCACCAAACCAAACUCUUGGGACUAACCAUAGUCAUAAGGUGGACUGAACCAAGGAAUUAGUCAUUAACAAUGUAGUGGCAAACUAAGUUCUCCCAAUAGCAUUGCACUGCAUCAAAUAUUGAUUCUCCAUGGUCUGUUUGCACACUUGGAUUAGAGCGUAGUAAUGGGGAUCAUGUAUGUUGGUUGGCGUAAGCACUCCCGAGUACGGAGAAGAUACAUGUUGAUUGAAAAACUAAACCACAUCAGAAACGAUAGAGAUCCUUGUGGUCUUUAAGUGCUCACGAGCCCAUCUACCUAUCAACUUGAAUUUUCGAGAAGCUGAAGCACAAUCCCAUAUCGGAAGUGGUAGGGAUCCUUUAAACACUCAUGAACCCAUCCACCUAUCAACUCGUAUUUUUGAGUGGAACAUUAUCACCAAAGACACCACACUUUAGAAAUAAUUUGUGAUAACUUAAUAAUUUUAUCAUUUUUUUGUUAGAAAUAUUCUGUAUGCAGCCAACCAGCAUGUACAUGGUCAUUGUCCAUUAUAAACAAGCACAACUAGCUAAACCAUUUCAUCAGACAGCUUAGUGGGACAGCCGAUAUGGCAAUGCUAGCAUGGAUACCCAGUGGAUAACUUGAAACAGAAAAAAGGGGGGAUCGUUGAAGCUAGGAAACAGAAAGCAAGUCCCCUCAUCUUCCUCACUUCUCUGCAUCCCCCGUCCUCAAACUCUCAAGGGAGAUCCUCACCCCUUUUCCUUCCUCUUCCGAUUAAAUCACCCCAAGGUUAUUGGUUGAUAUCCACGAUUUAUUUUGCAUAGCAAAGUCUGUUGACGGAUUCCACAAUUAUCAUCUCCAAAGCUAAGCAACAUUAAGCAAACAUUUCAGUUAUAAUCACUUUGGUAAAAACACCUGAAACCAGAACAAAUAAGCUAUCACAUGACGCCACUUUGUUGCAAGAACAUCUCCCAAAAGAACAGCCUCUCGAAGGUGGCGAUGAUCAAUUCACGAAACAAAAGGUGCAAACCAGAUCAUUCGGUUUAUACAUGGCGCAACUGUAAGUUGUGAUAUCACUUUAAAGUCCGAUAGAAAGCUCCAGAAACAUAAUUCUAUGCCUCGGUGCACCAAGGCACAAUUUCUCCUACCCAAGGAAGUUCAUUAUGACCAGAUGGAGCACCAGA